AUGAAGCUCCAGAUUCACACCUCAUCCGAACCAUCAUCAUCGGAACUCUCACAACUGCGAGCAAACAUCGAUGCAUUGACAGCAAGCGUGGCUCAAUUUAGAGCAGCAUCCGAAGCAGAACAUAACCGCCUCAUGAACUCGAUGAAUGAGUUACGUGGAGAAGUGACUGGCCUAAAACAUGAUAUACUAUCCUCCCUGGACAUGCCAGCUGACACUCUUGCAAGCAUAUCAAAGUUCAAGCAAGAGAUGUCAAGCAAGCUUACGGAUAUGGAUCAGAAGCUCGAUCUGUUGCCUGAAGUGAAGUCUCAGCUCCAGGAUGUCGAUAGGGGACUUGAGAAUGUUGAAGAUACAGUGGAUAGUCUUAAGAGGAAAAUAAGAGUUGCUAGUAAUAAUGUUGCCUCGAUGAUACCUUGA